CUAAACGAAAAUGGAAUUGGUUAAUGUGUGCUGUUUAAACCCAGCCACUCAUUUUCCUUUUCACAUGGAUGAUUUUUAAUACACAGCAAGCCAUCUGUAUGAAUGAACCUCUUGAUGCCGGUAAAAGUAUAGCUUGUGGCUCUAGAUGUGCUUACAAUUUACAAUUCCAAUAUCUUUCAUUGUUGCCUUCCUCUGCAUCCUUUGAUGGACAAGCCGCAUGUCGCCAUUUUCCCCCUCAGCGGGGGGAUGGGGCAUUUCAUUCCAUUGGCUGAGUUUGCAAAGAGGCUUUGUCAGUUUCAUGGCUUCUCCAUCACCCUCAUCAUCAGCAAGUGGUUUUGGACUUCUCAGCAACCUGCACUGCUUGAACGAUUGGCCUCUUCGGCUCUUGACAUACGCAUUACAGAGAUUCCUCACAUCACUGAGGAUGAAGAUGAGCAAAAGAUGAAAUUGGAAACACGCCUUUCGAAGUUCAUGCUGAAUGCAAAGCCACACGUUGAAGACGUUCUGCAAUCGUUGCGUUCAUCUUCGCCCAUCUCUGCCUUUAUUACAGAUCUCUUCUGUACGGAACUGCUUGACGUUACCACCAAGCUGAAAGUGCCAAGUUAUUUAUUCGUUCCGAGCUCUGCUGCUUCUGUUUGCUUCAUGUUACAUCUUCCAAAGCUCGUUUCGGAGAUUAAUGUUUCAUUUAAAGACGCCGAUUUUGAAGUGGAGGUACCGGGGCUUCCGCCGAUUCCAGCCACAGAUCUCCCAACUCCCUUUCAAGAGAGGUCGGAUUCCUGGUUUAAAUGGUUUUUAAAUAAUGCCUCCCGCAUCAAGGAAGCAUCAGGGGUUUUCAUUAACACAUUUGCUGAGCUGGAGGAGGAAGCCAUCAAAACCCUAAGAACCCCUUCAACGCCUCCAAUCUAUCCAAUAGGUCCAUUGUUGGUCACAGAAUCAGAUACCCCUGACGAGUCCAGCUGCCUCAAAUGGUUAGAUGAGCAGCCUCCCUCGUCCGUUCUGUUUGUAGCAUUUGGAAGCUUUGGCGUUUUGUCCAGGGAGCAAAUUACAGAUCUGGCAAUUGGACUUGAAACCAGCGGCCACCGAUUCUUGUGGGUGCUGCGAGGAUUCAAAUCUGAGGACUCUUCUUCUCUGGAAACUGACAUUUCACAGCUUUUACCCGAGGGCUUUGAGAGUCGAACCAGGGAUCGCGGGCUGGUGCUUCUCAAUUGGGCACCUCAGAUUCCUGUUCUUCCUCACCCGUCUACUGGAGGCUUCCUUUCUCAUUGCGGGUGGAAUUCUACGGUGGAGAGCGUCUCGCAUGGAGUUCCCAUGAUCGCUUGGCCUCUUUUUGCCGAACAGGGGAUAAACAAGGUCAUAUUGGUGAAGCAGAAUCAGGUAGCCAUAGGUUUGAAGAUGGACAACAAAGGAUUUGUGAGGGGAGAAGAAGUUGAGAGAGCAGUGAGGGAAUUGAUGGAAGGAGAGUUCCUUUCGGAAAUGUCUGGGCUUUCCACAAUUGCAGCAAAUUACCUUGGACUUACCAGGAAAUUUUGA